AUCUAUAGAACUAAAUUUAGCCAUUGCUCAUUGAGGAAUUGAGUUACAUGCUUUUGUUGAAAAGAUAUUACAAAAGAAAGUGAAAAUGAAGACAGGACUAAUAACUUGUUUUCUUUGUAAAACAUUAUUUGUUUAGAAUAUUGCUAACACUUUACAAUAAACUCUCAUUUGUGAACUGUUAACAUUAGCUAAUAUAAAUGAACAUUGCAAAUGAGUAAUAUAAAUGAGCAUUGCUUUUUACAGUAUUUAUUCAUUUGUAAACGUUAAUAAAACUUCAGUUGUUCAUUAGUCAUGCUAGUUCACAGUGCAUUAGCUAAUGUUAACACAAAUUUUUAUUUGAAAAAAUGUGUUUUUGAAUGUUGAAAUAAACAUUAAGAUUAAUAAAUGCUAUAGAAGUACUGUUCACGUUGACAAAUGAAACCGUAUUUAAAGGGUUACUGGAACAUUAAAAAAAAUAAUAAUAAAGAAACAUCUACAAUAUAUUAACUUCAUUGUGAUUGUAAUGUGAAAAAUAUGAUGCAAUUACAAGAUGCGAGUUUGAGAUUCCAUUUAAUAUAUUUAGACCACCAGAAGGCGCUAUAACCCCCUUUCCAUUCGAAAGAAAAUGACAGUGGUUGCUUCACACUGCAAAUGAAGAUUGGAUUUAAUCAAAUAAGCACUGUAAAUUGACAAUAGAUGAUUCAGAACAUGUUUAUAUAUUCCAGUUCCAGUAUGUUCGUUUUUAAAAUCUACUCUUGUGAAAUUUUACAGCUCAGACCAACUUCUGCUUUAAAAGAAAGAUGUUAUCAACGAAGUUCAAACCUGAACUGCGCGCUCCGCCCAACACGCUCCUGUGAGCUUCAGGAGCGCGUGAAUAACAACAAAUCUCCAGCGCGCGCCAAACAAAGCGUGCGCAUUUUUAAACUUUCAGUUUUGACACCUUCAUUAGACUAAAGGGAACUUUUAUCUUUGUACAUGUCGUAAAUACUUAAUCAUGAGCGUUAGAAUUAAGAAGCUGUUUGGGAAGUCAAAGAGUUUAGGUAAGGAAUCCAGGGAUGCUGAAAGAACUGAGGGUCUGUGGCGGACUUCACCCGAAGAUGAGCGCGAGAGUUUCAGAGGUUCGUCCAUGACUUUACCGUCGAACCCUGAAGAUGCCACCUCAUUCCCGCACUCACUGCCCACCAGCCCCAGGGAGAAGAAGAAGAAACGUUUUCCGACCUGGAGGUCCAAAAGUAGGAAUAAAGAUAAACAGUUUCUCAGCAGUUCCGGAGAAGUGGACUCUGUGUUCAACCACAGGAGUUUUGAUGAGGUGAGCAUCCAAACGGGAGACUAUGUGAUGACCGACACCUGCCCCACCCCUGUCCGCUCUCGGUCUAAUUCCACAAUAAGCCUGGAUCUCGCAUCCCUUACAGACCCAACUUCUCCCACUCGCAAACACAGGAAGAGUUCUGAGGAGAAGAGUGGAGUUCUUAAUCGUAUCGGAAGUUUUUUCACUCGGAAGAAAAAAAGCAGAACCACAUCGGAUGACAGGGAUGAAAAUUUGUCGCCAGAGGCAAACAGCCCCACCAAGUACUCAGGAUCAGAGGAACUGAGACGGACUCAACACAGAGAGAUUGAGGAUUCCGUGUUUGGUCCAGGGAACAGAAGUCCCAGCGUGUGUAGCGUAGCCUCCAUUGUCGCAGAUGGAGGAGACUUGCCUUUUGCUGACAGCAGCAGUAGUGGACGAGGGAGUGUAAAAGAGGUGGAAGUGAUUAAGGUGAGCAGGGUUGAGACCUCCAGUGACAAGAAGACUGAGCAUCUUGUGCAGGAAGUAAACAGGAAGCUCAAGGUGUACCUAGAGGAGACAACAGACACAACAAUAAAGAAAUGUGCAGAUGUCCCUAUACACACCCCUGAAACGCCAAAGUUUUCCGCAGCCUCAGGUGGGACUGAGAGUAAAAAGACUGUUUUGAAACCCACCAUCACAGGCGGCGGGAAUUACACUGCGCUGGUCGGGGUGACUCUGGGAUCAAAUUCUAGAAACUCAUCGUCCUCCGACAUUCCACCUGGAGAACAGACAGUAACUGAAAGCAUGGGGAAGAAAAACGUCUCCAAACGGAAAUCACGCAAACUAAGCAAUCAAGAAAGCAAUAAUGAGCUUCGUGCCCCAACGAACACCACUUCCCCUGAGGCAGAGGAGAGGUCAGCUCAAUCUUCUCCUUCACCUGGUCAAGUACACAGAGCCGUGUGGGCGGAAACUCACCUAACAGAGGAGGAGAGUGAGAGCUCCAUUACUGACUCACUUUCUUCUGCAAAACCUGCUCUGGCCAGCCCAACUAAGAGUUAUUCUGCGCUCGGUGCAGCUGCCAGCAACACUCCUGGUCCUUCUCAAGCUCCAGAGCCAGCCAACUUCACCUUACAUGCUUUAAAAGACAGCACUGAACCACCAAAGGAGGAAACUCGAGAGAGCCUUAUUCCUAAACACCGACAUGCUGACAGCAAUGAAGAGAAACGCAGAAGCGUGAAACUGUCAAAGAGUGAAAAAGUCUUUGCUAAAAGAGUGUUUGUUGGUUCUCAAUCAAGCCUAGACGGGGAAGAACAAGCUGAGACUGAGACCCAAAGUGAGACUAACUUGGAUAUAACGCAGAAUGUACAGCAGGUUAGGGUGAAAAUAUUACCAAACCCCAAAAGUGUGAAUGUCAAGCAGUCCAACCAACAGACAAACGAGUCAGUAGGAGAUUGUGCUGUUUUCGUGCAAGAGCAGCCUCUCGAUGAGGAUCUAGAGAGCCCCUUUGAAAUUUCAACAGAGAAUAGAGACGCUGCUGAUUUCCCAGAAAUGCCACUGAAUAAAGUACCAUUUAAUAGUGUGAUGAGCAGUCACCAAAACUCAUCUGUGCCUUCCAAGCGUACGGACAGAGCUGCAAGCGGACCAAAUGAGGGAAUUAAAGCAAAGAGCUCUCCACCACAAGUUGCCCCUAAAACAAAAGCUGUAAUGUCUCGCAUUAAAAGCCUCUCUGAGGCAUCAAAGAUAGAAGUGCCUCCAGUACGGAGAUUUUCGCAAAAAGAGACAGACCAAAAAGAGAUCAGGUCUCCAACAGAAAAAGACCAAUCUGUUACACUUAGUAAACCAAUUGACACCAAGAACAGAAUUCCUAAGAAAACUGCACCAGAUGUUCAAACAAAACCAAAGAAGGUGGUGGAGGUUGUCACAGUGUAUAGUGUGUCAACAGAAGCUGAAAGACAGAUGUCCACCAAACGUCAGAAUGAGGCAGGAUUAAAAAGCCCAGAGCAGAAAAUGUCACCGACAAAGAGAGUGGAAGAGAGAGAUGUUUUGGAUGCCUCACUAAUGACAAAAAAUUCUCAACCCACUAAAGAACAGGUCACUCUUUCAAAGCCUAAAAAAGAAAGAAGUCUAAAAAAAUCACUUUCUGAUGAUAAAUCCCCAACCUCCCCAUCUUCACUGGAGAAUUCUAAUUCAUCAAAGCUUAACUCUGAGUUCAAAGCAUGCAAAGAUAUCCAAAAAUCGAAAACUCAACCAACAAUUAUCAGUGACAGAAGUCCAACAUCAAAGAGUAGUUUUUCUUAUUCAAAGAGUAAAGUCAAAUCAGGUGACACUGGCAACAAAACCCAGGCAAAACUUUCUUCCUCAGCACCUGGCAUGGACCAAUCAGAGCAGAAAAUUGAAAAGGAGAAGCCAGUGAACGAAACCCAGCUAAGCGGGCCAAAGAGUCCAAGAAAAUUCAUGACUGAUGUGUCACCAACAGGAAGGAAACUGCCUCAAACAACACCACAGGGCCCUCGAAAACAGCCCUCAGAUGAAGAAGUUGCCCGCGGAGAGAGUGAGUCAUAUGAACCAGCCUCUCUGCCGCAUACCAAGCCAGAGAGAAAUGAGUCAUCACCGGUUAACGGUCCUGUCAGUAAUGGCAAAUCUUCCAAAUGUGAUCAAGCCACUGGGAAUGCUGUGGCCAGGGUAUCACCGGAGCUCAAAUUAAAAAGCCCUGUUAAGGACGUGGGUGAUUUACAGUCAGCAACACCACAUCUCAAAAGUCCCACUAAACUUAAACCCAAGAAAGAUUUUAGGAAGGCAGAGCCAACUGCAGCUUCUGAUUCAAAAAUAGACAAAUGUGAGAAGAUGAUGACAAAUUUGUCCAUCACACCCACAGCUGCUCAGAAAUCUGACACAGGAGAAAAUAUUUUUACACAAUCAAAAGACAUUUCUGAAAUGAAGAAUGAAAAUUUUGAUGCUGCUGAGACCAAAGUCACACCAGAUAUGUCACUUUCAGAAAACAAUGAUUUACAAACCAAUCGACAGACAGACCCACAUGUGCAAGUUGCAUCAGAUAAUCAGUCAGAUAUUGCUAAAGAAAAGGAUAUUGUUGAGUUUGAGAAAAAGACAUGUGCUUUUGCUACAGCAGAUGAAAUUUCUGCAAUAUCCAAGACGGCUAAACAAUCAAACGUAUCUUCUGAAACGAAUGGCGAAAAAUCUGGUGCCACUGAAACUAAAGUCACAUUGGAUGUGUCGCUUUCAGAAAAGAAUGAUUCAAACUCCGAAAAACAUCAGACAGAGUCAAAUCUACCAAUUUCAUCAGGCUCACAUGUCCAGGAUGUACCAGAUAAGCAAUCAGUCAAAGAGAAGCCGCUUACUGGGUUCAAGAAGAAGUGUGGCCUUACCAAGGAAAAUGACAUUUCCUCAAUACCUGAGAUGGGCACAACCAGUGAUCUGAGUAUUCAAGAUAUUUGUAAACAAUCAAAAGACACUUCUAAAACAAAGGGCGAAAAAUCUUGUGCUGCUGAAACCAAAGUCAAACUGGAUGUGUCGCUUUCAGAUAACAACAAUUUGCAAACCAUAAAAUGCCAGACCGAAUCAAAUUUACCAGUUUCAUCAGAGUCACAUGUCCAGACUAUGCCAGAAAAGCAGUCAGAUGUUGUCAAAGAGAAGUGUCUUGGAUUUGAGGAAGAGACAUGUGCCCUUACUAAGACAGAUGGAAUUUCUACAACACCCAAGACAGCUAAACAAUCAAAAGCCUCUUCUGAAAUGAAGCAUGAAAAAUCUGGUGCUGCUGAAACCAAAGUUAAACCGGAUGGGUCGCUUUCAGAAAAUAAUUUACAAUUCAUAAAACAACUAACAGAAUCAAAUUUACCUGUUUCAACUGAAUCACAUGUGCAGGUUGCGUCCGAUGAGCUGCCAGAUGUUGUCAAAAAGGAGUCUUUUGUUGAGUUUGAGAAAGAGACAACCAGUAAUCUGAGCGCUCAAGGUAUGGAGAAGUCUUGCUCUUCUCAGGAUCAAAUCGUUCCAGUCAUUUCAGAGGAUUCAUCUGAGACAACCCAGAAGACUGAGACCAAAGGGCACAGUGUGAAAAAUGCUUUGAAACAACCAAAAACAACUACACAACUAGAUGAAAAGGUUAAAAAUAAAGAAAGUGGUAAAUGCAAAGUAUCAGAGAAACCGGUUCAGUCUGAAGACUCAAAUAAAACAAACCCAGAGUGUGUCAAACAGAAUGAAUCAAAUACAUUAAAGCAAAUUGAUGAGACAGCAGUGGCAGUGAUCACGACUCCAGAGGCUGCUUCUAAACCAGAACCUGUUCAAAAAGGUGAUCAGACUUCAAAGCAGCAACUUCCAUCAGUUAAAAAAAUACCAGAUAAACUGACCCUCAAAGUGGACAGGAAGAGUGAGGUACUAAUUAAAAAUGCAGAGUCUAACCUGAAACUCAAGGAUUUUACAAAGACUAAAGAUAAAAUACCAGCUACAAACUUGCAAAAGCUGAAACCACCAUCUAACCAAAGCGUUCAACAAUUUACAUCUCAGAAUCUUCCUCUGGACCCCAAAAGCCUUUCACAAAAUAGCAAGGCACCAUCUAGUUGGUUAGACGUGGACCAAGGUUUUGAGAAAAAGAAAACAGGGAGACGUAUGGAUUGUUCUGCAAGUGAUGACAAUCAGCUUGACACUUCCAAUGACUUUGAUGAUUUCAUUCGUAACAUCAAAGAGAACUGCUCCCCUUUCUCUUUGCCACCAAGAAAACAUGGGCAGAGCAAGAUGCCGUCGCCACCUUUUGCCAUGCCGGCCAUUAAAGAAGAUCACUUUGAGAAGAUACUUGACCCAGAACAGUUCCAGUUUGGGACAAGAAAAACUGUGGGACCGAAAGACCCCUCUCCAGCCAUGAUUAUUAAGAAGAAAAAUGAAGAAACGAAAACCAAGCCACUGUCCAAACGUGCUGAGGACAGCCUGCUUUAUAAAAGUCUUUCAUCUAGACGGGAACAAGACAAAGCUAAAAAGCUCACAAUCACUGAGGAGAAAAAUGAUGGAGAAAAACAAAUCACAGAAGGCUCUGGAAAAAUGUCCUCAAGGUUGGAAAGAAUGUCAAUAAUCUCAAACCUUGUGAAAUCACCAAACCUGUCAAGAAAAGCAAGAAAUGAACAAAGCUCUCUCAUUAAUGGCAUUCAGUCCCCCAUAACGCCACCACCAGUGGAGGUGCCAACCCCAGGAGAGCAGAAGGGCAUACCGCUGUCUCAUGCUUUCACAGCUCCAAAAGAGGGGUUUGGUGAUUCGGUAAAGAGCCCAUCAUCACCUCCUCCUCUUCCAACUUUCACAGAAGUCAAGCUGCCUGACUUAUUGGAGAAAUACAUGAAUAAAGGCAAAGAAUCCAACACAAUAAGUCAGCAAAGGCCUGACACUAGCUCUCUCCCUGCACUGGAUAUAGGUCUUACCUCCAACACAAAUUCAAAAAUGGGACUGCAAGGCAUAUCAGGAUUAACAUCUCCAUCCAGCAGCACUCAACAGAUUCCACUUCUCACACCCACCAGCCUCUCACCAACAUAUGCAGAGACAUCAGGUGUCAGAGGCUUCCACAGACGCCCUGGAAAGAUUGUUAUAUACCAACAGUCUAAUUUUGGAGGAGAGGCAUACGAGGUGUUCAGAGACAUAGAGGAUGCCACCUCUCUUAAACUCUCUCCAAUCAUCUCCGUAAAGGUCGUCAGAGGAUGCUGGCUGCUGUAUGAAAAGCCAGGCUUUCAGGGCCGAUCCGUCGCUCUGGAGGAGGGGCCAGUAGACUUAGCAAAUGAGUGGGCGGAGACAGAGCCCAGUGGGGAGGUGGGGCCAAACGGCUUGCCACUUCCAACUACGCCCAUGGUUAUUGGCUCUAUUAGGCUUGCAUUAAGGGACUACAGAACACCAAAAAUAGAUCUGUUCACAGAGCUGAAUGGGAUGGGCCGAAUGUCUUCAUUCUGCGAUGACACCAUAGAAACCUGUUCAUUUGGUAUUCCUCAGAAUACUGGGUCCAUUAAAGUCCACAGUGGAGUAUGGCUGGUCUUUAGUGAUCCAGGUUUCCAGGGUCUUUUGGCUGUUUUGGAGGAAGGAGUAUAUCCCUGCCCUCAGGACUGGGGUUUUCCCACCCCAUUUGUCGGAUCGCUGCGGCCCUUGAAAAUGGGUGAAAUUAAGGUGGAAAAUCCUAAUGAAGUUAAGGCAGUACUCUUUGAAAAUCCAAUGUUCCAAGGGGAGAACAUGGAGAUCGAAAGGGACAUUUACAACUUUGAUGAAGGAGAGGAAGAGGAGAAGAAUGAAGAAGGGGAGACUGAGAGUCCUGGCAACACCAGGAGAAAGAGACUCUGUUCUGUCGGCUCAUUGAAGAUCCUGAGUGGCCUCUGGGUAGGAUACUCUGCGCCAGGAUUUGAGGGGCGCCAGUAUCUUCUGGAGGAAGGAGAGUAUGCAGACUUCACUGACUGGGGUGGACUGGAAGACGGGCUCCUCUCUAUACGUCCUGUGUUAGCAGAUUUCAUCACUCCUCACGUGAGAAUGUUCAGUGAGCGGGAUUUCAGUGAGAGAGGGCUGAAUGUGGACCUGCUGGAACCUGUCAUGAGCAUGGAAACCACUGGCUUUGGCAUAAAGACCCAAUCAUUGGAAGUCCUCUCUGGAGUGUGGAUAGCAUUCGAGAAGGAACGCUUCUCAGGUGAGCUGUAUGUUUUAGAGAAGGGUCUCUACGGCAGUCCAGAGGAUUGGGGAGCACACAACUUCAAGAUCUUGUCUCUUCAGCCUGUGAUUUUGGAUCAGGCUGAAGGUCUGUCCAGAUAUAAGGUGCAGUUGUUCGCUGAGCCAGGGUUCCAGGGAGCAGUGCAGACCUUAGAUGAAAGUGUGGCGUUCCUGACAGAGGACUUCCAUCCCAUGUCCUGCAAGGUUUUGGCUGGGAGCUGGGUGGUGUUUGACGGCCCACAGUUCACUGAAAACAUGUAUGUACUGGAGGAAGGAGAAUACCCCAAUCCUGAGGCUCUGGGCUUACUCAACUCAGAUUGCAAAAUCAGUUCUGUCCACACUGUAGGACAUGAGUUUUCUAUGCCCUCCAUCACACUCUUCUGUAAAUCUGGCUUCAGAGGACGUAAAGUAGUUCUGACAGAUGGCGUUUUGAACCUUACUCUGGCUGGCAUUGAUGGGCGAGUCAACUCUCUAUUGGUCAAUGGAGGAAUCUGGGUGUUGUAUGAAUACAGCAACUUCCGUGGUCGACAAUUCCUGCUCCAUCCCAGUGAGAUCGGUGAUUGGCCAAAGUUCAGUGGCUGGGAGCAGAUUGGCUCUCUGCGUCCGUUACUACAGAAACGUGUUUAUUUCCGGCUGCGUAGUGCAGAGACAGGCUGCUUGAUGUCUCUGUCUGGACCCCUGGAUGAUAUUAAGCUGCUCCGGGUUCAAGUGCUGGAGGAAUCUGGUGGUCCAGAGCAGAUGUGGGUCUAUGAGAACGGACUACUGCGCUGCAAGCUGGUAGAGGACUGUUGUGUGGAGACAUCUGGAGGUGUGGUGAUGGCAGGUUGCAGGUUGAAUAUCUCACCUGAACCAGGCAAAGACAAUCAGUUCUGGAGCAUCACAGGAGACGGAAUCAUACGCAACAACCUCAAGCCCGACCUUGUGAUGGAGGUUAAAGGUGGGCAACAGUACGAUAAAAACCAUGUGAUUCUCAACACCUUUGAUGAGCAGAAAACCAACCAGAGAUGGACAGUGGAAAUCCUUUAGUGCUUGAGUCACAACAGAGACCAAUUCUGUAACUCCUGAUGUUCAGCAGAAACCCUAAAAGAUCUGAGGCUGUUCUGAGUCCUCAAGAUGAUGAGAAUCUAAACCCCAAAAAUGACUCUGAUGAGUCUCUCUCACUGAUGGAUUUUAUCUCAAGAUGAGAAUGUGUGGGGGACCAAAUCUCUUGGAAUCAAUCUGUAUCACAGUCUUUGAAUGAGUGAUGUCUCUUUGGACAUUCAACAGAAGUUCAUUGAUUAUAUCAAAGUGAAUUUCACUGGGUGCGUCUCAAUCAGCUCCCUAGUUCAGUAGUCAUGGCACUGAUCAAGGAGUCGGCCAUUUUAAAAGCCGUCUCAAUCACAAAAUCCUUCCAGUGCACUGAAACAUUCGCUCCCUAAAAAGUCCCACAAUGCACCGUGAAAACCAGGGAGCAUUGAUGCUCACUAACAGAAGGGGUUUUUUUUUAUUAUUUUUUUAUAAAUACAAUCCAUUAUAUUUCAGCAUAAACAUACAUCGCUAGACAGGUAAUGAACAUAAUUUGGCUAACAUUUAUCAUUUGUUUACAGCCGAAACCUUGCAGGUAUAUGUAACAAUCAAAGUAUUUGUACUAAUGUACUUUAAAUAACAUUAAAAAAUAAUGAGAGAAAGAUAUCAUUGCUGCUGCUGUUCACAAAUACCAGUAGUUUACAAUAAGGAUCUUGCCAUGUCGUCGGAAAUAGAGCCAUAAGUGUCCCAAUGUGUAGUGAGCAACGUUUCUUACUGUCCUUACCAGUGCCCAGAUUCAUGUACACAAUAUAAUGAUUCAUGCCCCCGGAAGCUAGGGAGCUGAUUGAGACGCACACACUGUCUUUUGUGCUAGCACUUUUUUGUUGUUGCUCUCUAUUGACCCGGCAACACAAAGAACUAUCCUGCUUGCAAUGCCAUGAUAUUACCAAAGGGGGGAGCGCUAGCAUUAAGAUUUGUAUGUAGCUGCACUUUAGGUGACCUUGUUCAUUUCUUGUACUAGCAAAAAAAAUCAUGGUUUGGCUAGUUAGUUUGGCCCAAGUUUACCCCUUGCUUUAUGGAGCAAAAAGCAUCUUCCUCCAAAUCAUAAGUAGCUGUUGUAUUCUGACUAAAUUAUUUUUGUAAGAAUUACAUUAAUCAUAGAAAUUGCAUCAUAGUAUAGUAGAUGUUUUACAAGUGCCUUAUUUUUUGAGGGUUCUUAAAAGCUUUAAAUAGACUAUUUUUCCUCGUCUGAAGCCUUUGUCACAUCUCAGGAUGGUCGCUAGUAAAGGGCUUGUGCAAGUACUAUCAGCCAAUCAGCAGUCAAGAUUAUUCACAUUUAUUGGCUCAAAACAGCCUGGCUGCAGAACUAAGCUCUCAUGAGUAAAAUUUUGACAUACAUUCAAAGUCUCCUGCACCAGAUGAGAAACUGCUGUUGAGAUGAAUGAGAAUACAAAUGGAUAGUUUUCUCCAGGUAUUAUAGACUUCACUGAAUGUAAGGUAGCAUUUAUAUGCCAUUCAAACUCGCUGAAAACUAAAUGUUUACUCAUACCAUUUUACAGAUGCUGCACUAAGUUUUUAACAUGUCAUGUCAGACUAUUCUGCUAAAUCAGGAAAAAAAAAAACACCAUUGAACUUUAUAUACCAUCUCCUUCUCAUGCUGAUCUGGCAUCAGUUCAAUCCGGUCACAAACUGGCAUUUAUUGGAAAGGCAGCUGAUCCUUGAUCUGCUCUCAAGAGUAUUUUCUGUCUCUCUCUAUUUUCUUUUAUAAAGAUUUUUUGAUAGUAGUUUGUGUAUGUUUGUAAAUUUUCUAUAUAUCUAGGUUUAGUCAUCUGUUUUAGCAUUUUUUUUUAUAUGUUCAUGAUUUCCAAAAUAUACUGUUACAUGUAGAAUAAAACAUUUUUAUUGUU